UAGCACCACGGCAGCAGGAGGUUUCGGCUAAAUUGGAGGCACAGGCCACGACUGCAUGCCUGCUCCCGCCAGGUGAUAACCUCAGCCGGUGACCCAAGGGCUCUGCGACACAAGGAGUCUGCAUGUCGAAGUGGUAGACAUGCUCAGCUUUGUGGACACGCGGACUCUGUUGCUGCUUGCAGUAACUUCGUGCCUAGCAACUUGCCAAUCUUUACAAGAGGGAACUCCAAGAAAGGGCCCCACUGGAGAUAGAGGACCACGUGGAGAAAGGGGUCCACCAGGCGCCCCAGGCAGAGAUGGUGAAGAUGGUCCCACUGGCCCUCCUGGUCCACCUGGUCCUCCUGGCCCCCCUGGUCUUGGCGGGAACUUUGCUGCUCAGUUUGACGGAAAAGGAGUUUCACUUGGCCCUGGACCAAUGGGUUUAAUGGGACCCAGAGGCCCUCCUGGUGCUGCUGGAGCUCCUGGCCCUCAAGGUUUCCAAGGACCUGCUGGUGAGCCUGGUGAGCCUGGUCAAACCGGCCCUGCAGGUGCUCGUGGUCCACCUGGUGCUCCUGGCAAGGCUGGUGAGGAUGGUCACCCUGGAAAACCUGGACGACCUGGUGAGAGAGGAGUUGUUGGACCACAGGGUGCCCGUGGUUUCCCUGGGACCCCAGGACUUCCUGGCUUCAAGGGCAUUCGGGGACACAAUGGUCCGGAUGGACUGAAAGGACAACCUGGUGCUCCAGGUGUGAAGGGUGAACCUGGAGCCCCUGGUGAAAAUGGAACUCCAGGUCAAUCAGGAGCCCGUGGGCUUCCUGGUGAAAGAGGACGUGUUGGUGCCCCUGGGCCAACUGGUGCCCGUGGCAGUGAUGGCAGUGUUGGUCCCGUGGGUCCUGCUGGUCCCAUUGGCUCUGCUGGCCCUCCAGGCUUCCCAGGUGCACCUGGUCCCAAGGGUGAACUUGGACCUGUUGGUAACCCUGGUGCUUCUGGUCCUGCGGGUCCCCGUGGUGAAGUGGGUCUUCCAGGUCUUUCUGGGCCUGUUGGCCCCCCCGGCAACCCUGGAGCAAAUGGCCUGGCUGGUUCUAAGGGUGCUGCUGGCCUUCCUGGUGUUGCUGGAGCUCCUGGCCUCCCUGGUCCCCGUGGUAUCCCUGGUCCUGUUGGUGCUGCUGGUGCCACGGGUGCCAGAGGACUUGUUGGUGAACCUGGUCCAGCUGGCUCUAAAGGAGAGACUGGUAGCAAGGGUGAACCUGGCUCUUCUGGGCCUCAAGGUCCUCCUGGUCCCAGUGGUGAAGAAGGAAAGAGAGGUUCCACGGGUGAACCUGGAUCUGCUGGCCCUGCAGGACCUCCUGGGCUGAGAGGUAGUCCUGGUUCUCGUGGUCUUCCUGGAGCUGAUGGUAGAGCUGGUGUCAUGGGUCCUCCUGGUAAUCGUGGUUCAACUGGCCCUGCUGGAGUCCGAGGCCCCAGUGGAGAUUCUGGUCGCCCUGGGGAACCUGGUCUCAUGGGACCCCGGGGUCUUCCUGGAUCCCCUGGAAAUGUUGGCCCAGCUGGUAAAGAAGGUCCUGUGGGUCUUCCUGGUAUCGACGGAAGGCCUGGUCCAAUCGGCCCAGCUGGAACAAGAGGCGAGGCUGGCAACAUUGGAUUCCCUGGACCCAAAGGCCCCACUGGUGAUCCUGGCAAAAAUGGUGAUAAAGGUCAUCCCGGUCUUGCUGGUGCUCGGGGUGCUCCAGGCCCUGAUGGCAAUAAUGGUGCUCAGGGGCCUCCUGGACCCCAGGGUGUCCAAGGUGGCAAAGGUGAACAGGGUCCUGCUGGUCCUCCAGGCUUCCAGGUGAGUCAAAAAAUAAUAAUAAUAAUACAAGAUAUUGUCCUUUGCCAGACUAUUCACCUCCAACUCACU